UAGAAUUAAAUAUUAAUGGUGGCUUCCUUGGAGGAAUUGACCACUCUGAUCAGAACACGUUGUUGGUAAUGCACCAUCAGCGGCCGCUCUGAUCCUGAUGCUUCCUGGACACACAGCCACAGCCCCAGGGGAGAGGUUCCAGGAGCCAGCUGGAUUCUGUGACAGCCCCCAGCCUCACCCUCACGGCCGUGCCCACCGCCUGUGUCUGUAUUUCCAUCUGCUUCCUUACCAGUCCUGAUCUGGAGACUUUGAUCAGAUCCCAAACUCUCUUUAACACCUGGGCAGGACUCUGAACAGGCCCACACCAGUCACUAACAACCUCCCAGGAGGAGCAGGGAGCAGCCAUCCCCAGGGAUCCGGGAGAGCCAUGCCAGACUCCUUUGCCAUCCACUUCCUCAAGGUGCUGCGGGAGCUGCUGGCCUUUGUGCUGUUCAGCUACACGGUGCUGCUCGGGGCGCUGCUGCUGGCUGGCUGGACCACCUACUUCAUGGUGCUUAAAUGAGGGUCCUGCCCCUGCCUCUGCCCCUGCUCCCACGGGCUCUCCAGAGGCAGCUGGCUCCACGAUGCAGCUCCAUACAAGGGAUGGAGGGCCCUUCCCCCUGCACCAAACCUGCAGGAGUUCUGUGCUCGCGCUGCCUCAUCGCCGUCUUGUUUUCCUAUGU